UUUGCGUUUCUUUGCAAUUGUUGGUUGGUCACUUCAAGGAAGCAAUUGAAUUGAUUGUGCCUGGAUAGCCAUUUUGUUUGAUUUUCUUUUAGUAAUCAUACGUUGGUCGCUGGAAAUAGAGUGUUCUUUGCUCUGCAGAAUUGAAGGGUAUAGACAUGGAGCAGCGAUCGGCGAAUACGUGGCGGAUGACUGUGAAUGAGAAGAAAUUUAUAGAGACGGCGCUGCUUUCGGACGUCAGAAUCGAUGGACGUGGACCUUUUGAUUACAGAAACGUGACCAUCCAGUUUGGUAGCGAAGAUGGCUCAUCCGAGGUGCAGCUCGGUCAGACUCGUGUAAUGGGGUUUGUAACUUCCCAAUUGGUACAACCUUAUCGGGAUCGUCCCAAUGAAGGGACUCUUGCAAUUUUUACUGAGUUCUCUCCCAUGGCUGAUCCCUCAUUCGAAUCAGGUCGUCCUGGUGAACAUGCUGUGGAGUUGGGACGAAUAAUUGAUCGUGGAUUGAGGGAAAGCCAAGCUGUGGACAUGGAAUCUCUUUGUGUUUUUGCAGGAAAAUGGGUGUGGUCUAUUCGAAUUGAUCUCCACAUCAUAGACAAUGGCGGCAGAAAUCUUGUUGAUGCUGCCAAUAUUGCUGCUCUGGCUGCACUGUUAACAUUCAGACGGCCCGAGUGCACCUUAGAAGGAGAAGAUGGUCAAGAAGUUAAAAUACUUCCCCCAGAGGAGAGAGAACCAGUUCCAUUGAUUUUGCACCACCUUCCUAUAGCAGUAACCUUUGCAUUUAUUGGUAGCGAAAUUAGAUUGGUUCUUGACCCUACGCACUUUGAAGAAGCUGUUAUGGGUGGGAAACUGACUGCUACACUGAAUGCAAAUGGAGAUGUGUGCGCUAUCCAAAAAGCUGGAGGAGAAGGUGUCAUACAGAGUGUUAUCGUGCAAUGCUUGCGGAUUGCAUCUGUUAAAGCUGCUGAUAUAACAGGCAAAAUAAAGAACGCUGUUGAGUUGUACAACACAGGAAGAGCUUUGAGAAAGAUCGAACGGUACACUGAUUCUGUUGAUGUAAGCGCAGCUGUUUGGAAAGGAGAUGAAAACAUACAGAAGGAGAUGGACAAACUUAGAUUGGAAACAACCGAUGGAAUUAUUAGUCAAAGUGAUGGAAAGGACAUUAAAAUUCACUCAUCAGAGAAAGAUGCAACCAGUCUAGCUGAUAAGAGACCGAGCUCUUCCAUUAUCGGCCCGUCUAGCUGGGAUCCGUAUUCUAGAGGUGUCAAUGCUGAAGAAUUGAAGGCGUCCCUGGCGUCACGAGUUUCUUCGACUCCCUAUACAAUGGAUGUAUCAGUAUCUUCAACACCACCCAUGAAGCCAAAAGACACAACCAUGGAUCGACCUAUCAAAGAUGCAGAUACAAUAACUUCAUUACCGCAAGAGCCACCAGCUGCAGGUGAUGUACAAUCUAUAACUUCAUUACCGCAAGAGCCACCAGCUGCAGGUGAUGUACAAUCUAAGGCCAAAACAUUGAAGGAUGCCGUCAAGCCCAAAUCUCUUAGGAAGAAGAAAACUUUUAUCAAGUAGCAUCAUCCGUUUUUAAGGAACAGCGCAUUUGCGAAUUCUUGAUUGUCCCAGUUUGAAAUGUCUGUAACUGACUAUAGUUGCAAUAGCUCGGUAGAGGCCACGGGAAUUGGAUAUUUUCAUCGAUCACGUUGCAAUUCUUGCAGACAACUAUGACGGAGAUCAGGCAUGUAGAUCAAGGUUGAACCCGAAUUUAAGGAGGUAAAAAGAGUUGCAUGGAACAGUUUAGGAUGAUCGAUUCGUGAUGUAAAGAAGUGUUAUGGGAAUCUAAACGUUGUUUGUACUGAACUGUUACUUUGUGUAGAUUGUUAUAAUCAUUUUUGGUUAGUUUUGAAUUUAUUGUUUAAAUUUAUUUAUAAAAUUCGACGAUCUCGACUUCUGA